CCUCCUCCAGGUAUCCCAGGCAGUGACUACAUCAAUGCCAACUACAUAGAUGGUUACCGUCGCCAAAACGCCUACAUCGCGACGCAGGGCUCUCUCCCCGAGACCUUCUGUGACUUCUGGAGACUGGUUUGGGAACAGCACACGGCCAACAUCGUCAUGAUGACCAAGCUAGAGGAGAAGUCUCGGGUAAAAUGUGAUCAGUACUGGCCUACCAGAGGAACAGAGACAUAUGGGCUGAUACAGGUUACUCUGCUGGACACUGUAGAGCUGGCUACAUACUCUGUUAGGACCUUUGCUCUCUACAAAGGUAGUGGCUCCAAUGAGAAGCGUGAGAUUCGUCAGUUCCAGUUUACAGCCUGGCCGGACCACGGGGUCCCCGAACACCCCACCCCCUUCCUGGCCUUCCUACGACGGGUCAAGGCCUGCAACCCUCCAGACGCAGGACCCAUGGUCGUACACUGCAGUGCUGGAGUGGGCCGGACUGGUUGUUUCAUCGUGAUUGACGCCAUGGUGGAGCGAAUCAAACACGAGAAGACAGUUGACAUCUACGGUCACGUGACCCUCAUGAGGUCCCAGCGGAACUACAUGGUGCAGACGGAGGAUCAGUACGCCUUUAUCCAUGACGCUCUGCUGGAAGCUGUCGCCUGCAACAACACCGAGGUUCCGGCGCGGAACCUUCACGCCUACAUCCAGAGACUGACCCAGAUAGAACCGACGGAGAACGUCACGGGCACGGAACUGGAGUUCAAGCGGUUGGCCAGUGCGAAGGCCCACACCUCCAGGUUUGUGAGUGCCAACCUGCCGUGUAACAAGUUCAAGAACCGUCUGGUGAGCAUCAUGCCCUAUGAGUCCACCAGGGUCUGUCUGCAGCCAAUCAGAGGAGUGGAGGGGUCAGACUACAUCAACGCCAGCUUCAUAGACGGAUACAGGCAGCAGAGGGCUUAUAUAGCCACCCAGGGCCCGCUGGCUGAGACUACUGAGGACUACUGGAGAAUGUUGUGGGAACACAACUCUACCAUAGUGGUCAUGUUGACUAAACUGAGGGAGAUGGGACGGGAGAAGUGCCAUCAGUACUGGCCAGCAGAGCGUUCUGCCAGGUACCAGUACUUUGUGGUGGACCCCAUGGCUGAGUACAACAUGCCCCAGUACAUCCUCCGAGAGUUCAAAGUCACCGAUGCCAGGGACGGCCAGUCUCGGACGGUUCGUCAGUUCCAGUUCACUGAUUGGCCGGAGCAAGGAGUGCCAAAGUCAGGGGAGGGGUUCAUUGAUUUCAUUGGCCAGGUGCACAAAACUAAAGAGCAGUUUGGCCAAGACGGACCAAUCACGGUGCACUGUAGUGCUGGUGUGGGGAGGACAGGGGUCUUCAUCACUCUGAGUAUCGUUCUGGAGAGGAUGAGAUAUGAAGGAGUAGUGGACAUCUUCCAGACUGUCAAGAUGCUGCGAACACAGAGACCUGCCACGGUUCAAACUGAGGACCAGUACCAGUUCUGUUACCGGGCCGGUCUGGAGUAUCUGGGUAGCUUCGACCACUAUGCAACAUAAUCCCUCC